UCCCCUCUUUCACUCGGUCUCUGCCUUCCUCAGCCCAUUCUAGCUCUCUCCUCUCCACCCUGUGGUUGUGAGCGUGGAUUUUCUGGGGGGUGAGCGAUGUGUUGUUCGGUGGGUUUUGCCAGGUCUCUGGGCCUGGCUCUGUUGCCUCUGGCCCUUUGCUGUAUUGUGGCAAACCUGCUGCUGCUGUUUCCCAUGGGAGAAAUCACCUACAUUAAGCAGGACCGCCUGGCCAGCUACAUCUGGUACUUUGGUGGCCUAGGAGGUGGGGGGCUGUUGAUGCUGGUUCCAGCUGUUGCCUUCACCACCCUGGGGAAGUGUAGUUGCUGCUGGAAUGAGAGUUUAAUGGUAAGAGACGUGUAUCUUCUGCAGCCAGAAACGUGGACACGGUGCCUUCAGCCGGUUAACAUCAUAGAGUGGAACAUCACUCUGCUGUGUGUCUUACUGGGCCUGGCAGUGCUGGAGUUCAUCAUCUGUCUCCUACAGCUGGGAAAUGGCCUAGUCAACGCUGUCUGCCGGCCCUGCUGCUACAAGCAGGAGUACAGUCUUAAUGCUUAGAUUCACCUGCACAGACAUAUCACAGAUGCAUGCAGAUACAACCAUAGCGUACAUGUACAUUACAGUAAUGGACACAAGCACAAAAGGAAGUCUCCACACAUAACCUCACUGCAACGUGUGUGCGUGUGUGUGUUUGAUUACAGCACCACAUCUCCAGUCAGCCAGGUUAGAUUUGUAAUCAGUUUAUUUUCAAGUUCUGAAAUUAGUCAAAGUCACCAGUGGUGCCAGGAUAUGUGUCUGCAACAAUGUAGCUCUGUAUGACUUUUUUUUUAUUCCAUAAGUAGGACAUUGUAACUUACUUUAAAAGCAGGCAUAGCAAGCCAACAUGUACAGAUAGUAAGAGAGGAUGGGAGUAUUAGGUUUACUGAAGUAAAGUCUGUCAAAUGUGGUGCACAGGCGUGCUCAGUUUCUUCACUGUUAUUUUAUGUUGUAUGCUGCACAGCUGUGUUAACAUUUUUAAGGCCUGAAGAGAACUACGUUAAUAACAGAGCAAUCAGUAUCAAAUCAACUGCCUGAUAUUGUUUGAUAAUGUGAACAUUACCUUCUUUUGGGUAUUUCCUUUCCCUGGUUAAUGGUGUUUUUGCAAGAAACAGUGCGUGUUGCCAUGAUUUUAGUCUUUGAAUGUGCCGUCUUGGCUAAAAUGAAGCACAGUGAUGUGCCCUUUAUGUCUAAUUUUAUUUUUGUGGUCCCAGGACUUGCAGUGUGUUGGAUCACACAUGCAACACAAGCCGAUUUUCUUUUUGUGCAUGUGUGUGUGUGUGUGCGUGUAUGUUUUUACAUCUAUUUUAAUUUUCAGUAUACUUUGUUGUAAAUUGUUGUUUUAAUGUUUCUCAGAUGCUAGUCCAGUGUUAACAAACAUUAUAUAUAUAUACACACACACACACAUAUAUAUAUUUUAGUGGCAUAUUUUUAUAAUGUAUGGUUUGUUUGUGCUGCCUUAAAUAAAAACGAACAAUUUCUGUUUUAUA